AUGAGCUCAGCAUAUCCAGCAUUAAAUGAUUUGUUUGAAUUUCUUAAUAGUUCUAUUACAAAUGUUUCCAUAUUGUACUCUAAAAUUCCUGGAUCAGGGAUCCUAUUAAAGUACAUAAAGAACUCACAUCAAGAUGAUCCUUAUCGCACAACACUAGAACUUUUUUUAGAAGUAGAAGAAUUGGUUGAUGAAUGGCAACCAGAACCUUUGGUUUCAAAAUUAUCAGAUGAUGAUUUAAAAGAAUUAGAAAAGGUUCCUAUAAUUAACGGGCCUCAAGGUUCUAAGGUAAAAUUGACAAAUGGUAAAACGUUGAUGAAUUUUGCUAGCUUUGAUUUCUUAGGAAUGUUAUCUCGAGAUGAAAUCAAGGAAAAGGCCAUUGCAACACUUAGAAAAUAUGGUGUUGGAUCAUGUGGACCACCUGGGUUUUAUGGAACUUUUGAUGUACAUACAGAAUUUGAAAAAAAAGUUUCAGAGUUUUUAGGAACUGAAGACACAAUCUUAUAUUCUCAAGGAUUUUCUACAAUUGGAUCAGCAAUUCCAUCAUUUUGUAAAAGAGGAGAUAUAAUUGUAGCUGAUCAAGGGUGUAAUUUUGCAAUACAGAAAGGUAUACAAAUUUCUAGAUCUGUAAUUAAAUGGUAUAAACAUAAUGAUAUGGAAGAUUUGGAAAGAAUUUUGCAGAAAAUCAAAGAUGAAGAUAUUGAGAUUGAAUUAAAGAAAAAAUUCAAGUAUCGUUUAAUUCUUGAUGAAAGUUUGUCAUUUGGAACCAUGGGGAAAAGAGGAGCUGGAUUAACUGAUUAUUUCAAUAUUCCGGUUAUGGAUGUUGAUAUGAUUGUUGGAUCUAUGUGUACUGCAUUAUGUUCAUCAGGAGGAUUUUGUUCAGGGUCAUUUGAAGUUACUGAACAUCAAAAAAUAUCAGGUCCAGCAUAUUGUUAUUCAGCUUCAUUACCAGCAAUGUUAGCAGUUAGUGCAACAGAAUCUUUAUCAAUUCUAUCAAAAAAUUCUCAAUUGUUAAUAACAACAUUAUCAUCAAACAUUCAAACAUUCAGGAAUUGUUUAUCAAAUGUUAAAUAUGUCAAUAUUGAAGGAUCAAAAGAUUCACCAGUACUACAUUUGAGAAUUAAUGAAGAUGAUAUAGUUAAUGAGGCAAUGAACAAUGGUGUAUUAUUAACAAGAUCUAAAUAUGUUAAGAAUCAAGAAUUAUUUAAUGUAGAACCAAGUAUUAGAAUUUGUAUUUCUACUAUUUUCACAAAAAAAGAAAUUGAAAAAUCAGCCAACAUUAUUAAACUUGCUAUUAAUAAAAUAUUAAAGAACAAGAUUAAAUAA